AUGGCCGAUGAAGUGCUUAGAUGCGCGCGUUUCGGAGACGUAGAAGAGCUCAAGAUGAUGCUGCAGUCAGUAGAAAAAGGAUUAGAGCGUGAUAUGUUGAUCAAUUUUGUGCAGCCAGAGACGCUCAAUACGCCACUGCAUAUGGCUUGUGCCAAUGGCCACGUUGAGUGUGUUCGUGAGCUAUUACAAUACGAGGCGUUACAACAUUUGCCAAAUGCCAAUGGGAAUCUGCCACUACAUUGGGCUGUACAGAACAAGCAUCGAGAGAUUGUCAAGCUAUUGGUGGACGGUAUUAAAGACCUGGAUGUACUGGCUCGCAACAGCUUUGGACGUGGCUGCGUUACGGAAGCUUUUCAGUGUGAAGACACGGAGAUUUUGGCGAUGUUAUUGGAGCACAGUUCGGCAACGGAAGAGAGGCUCGCAGAAGGCACUGGGAUAGAUCAGGAUGCUAUCAAGGAGGAAAUUGAAAAGGAAGGAGAUGAAGCAGACAAUAGCUCGCCAAAGGUCUUGCAAGAGACUGUGCUGGAAUUCAAGUUUGCACCGGGACUGCCAACGUUGCGUGCACGGGAGCUCGCAUUUGAAUGGAGCAGAGAUGCCUUUGGCUCGACUGCGGAGGAGGAUAUUACGGGAGUCUCGAUCUGGUCGGCGGCGCUUAUCUUGAGUCGCUGGGUCAUUGACCACCGCGAUGUAUUUGACGGGAAACAGGUCUGUGAACUGGGCUCGGGUUGCGGCGUUAGUGGCUUUGCAGUACACAAGUAUACGGACGCUUCGCGGGUUGUGCUGUCCGAUCUGUUUGCACACACCAUUCAGAAUCUGGAGCACAAUGUCGAGCUGAACAAGAUGGACACAAAUGCUAGAGCUGAUGAUAAAGAGAAUCCGAUAGCACCAGUCCUUGAUUGUUGUGGGCGAUGUGGUGCCGUCCAGCGCUUUACUCCCGACAAUCCAGAGGGCAAGCUCAUGACUUGCGGCGGUUGCAGAUCUGUUGUUUACUGCUCUCGUGAGUGCCAGAAGAAGGCCUGGAAGAAGCACAAGCCCGAUUGCAAGGCUAUCCGCGCGCAGCGUGAGCAGGUAGAGACUCUGAAGGAAAGGAAAGCUAGUGAAGAGGGAGUUCUGCAGGUACAGGCUAUUGAUUGGGCUCAGCGCGAGACCUGGCCGAUUAGCUGUGAUGACGAUAAGUUUGAUGUGCUCUUCGGCUCCGAUCUUGUAUACCAUCAGGAAAUUGUGCCGGCACUUGUGAACGUAGUGGACGGCAUGCUGGGUGCUGGUGGUCGGUUUGUACACGUUGCUUCCCAGGCACGGCACUCGCUGGUAGAGUUUAAAGAAGCGAUGGAGGCGCGUGGCUUCAGCUGCGACGUGGAAGAAGUUCCUGAGGAUUACAAGGAGAACCCGCUGGUAGGCAACGAUGCCGUGGCUGAACUCUUCGCUCUGCAUUUCAACGAAAUGAGCGACGUGUAUUGCAUUUACACUUUUACUCGCCCAGCCGUAGAGUAA